CAAAGUGAAGUGAACAGAAGACGGCCAUUAAAGCUAAAUCCGUUCUGUCACAGAGCUUUUGGCCUUUUUUAAGAAUGUUUGUUGUGUUCUGUUCUUUCUUGUCCUGAAAUGGGGUUUUCAGAACAGUAACGAAGAAUAUCAUCGUCAUCAGCAACAACAAUAACGAAAUCUUCAGGAGAUAAGACCUGUCUGUGUUUUCAUGGAAGAGAUACAGGGAGAGAGAGAUAUGUAUAUAUAUCUAUACACGAAGAAAAAGAAGAAAUUCAACGGCCAUGGAAGAAUUUCUGGGCUUUGAUCGGUUCAUGUGAUUGUUUCUGUUUCUUCCUUCAAUUUUCAGAUACACUUUUUUUCUUAAUUACAGGAGCUUUUAAGAAGUAGAUUAAUGGAUUAUUCAGAGUCAACAAAGGUUGUGUUCAACAGAAUCCAGCAGCUCGAACCCGAGCACGUGGCCAAGAUCAUCGGCUACCUGUUGCUUCAGGAACACGGCGAGAGGCAGAUGAUCCGUCUCGCCUUCUGCCCGGACAGCACGAUCCAUUCCUUGAUCGAAACGGCCAAAUCCGAACUGGGUUUGGUCAGGAAACCCUUGUUCAUGAGCCACGUCCCUUCCGACCACAUCCCUAUCCACCACCAGUUCGCGUCCUUCACCGGCUCGUCCACUCCGGCCGUCUCGGUUUCUCCUCCGUUGUCGAUCAGAAACGUGUUCUGGGAGAAUCACCAGAAGGUGAGCGAGAUAGAUUUGGUCCAGAACGGCGUCCAGUUCUUGAAUCUUGAUGAUUCUGCGAACAAUCACUCGGUGAGCAGCCCGAAUUUCUCGGGCAGCUUCUUCUCUCAGGACCAGGCUCUGCCCGGGAGGACGAGCAGGCGGUCCCCAAGCUUGCCCGAGUUUCCUGUCAAGGUGUGCCAUUACUACAACAAAGGGUUCUGCAAACACGGAACGAACUGCAGGUACUUCCACGGACAGAUCAUGCCUGAGAGAGAGAGUUUCUCUCAGAUGUUCAGCAUGAACAGCUGCCUAAACGACGACGAACAGCACAUUUUCUCCCCCGGAUCGCUGGAAAAGCUCGAGGGCGAGAUCAUCGAGCUGCUGAAAUCGAGGAGGGGGUCUCCCAUUUCCAUUGCUUCGUUGCCAAUGAUGUACUACGAGAAAUUCGGUAAGACCCUUCAAGCCGAAGGGUAUCUUACCGAGAGCCAAAGGCACGGGAAGGCCGGUUAUAGCCUCACCAAGCUUCUCGCCCGGCUGAAGAACAACAUCCGGGUCAUCGACAGGCCACACGGGCAGCAUUCGGUGAUUCUGGCAGAAGAUGUUCCAAAGUUUCUGGAUUAUUCGGGAGAGAGGAACGAACAUGGCGGCAUUGUAGCUGGUUCACGACAGAUUUACCUCACUUUCCCUGCAGAGAGCACUUUCACCGAGCAAGAUGUUUCCAACUACUUCUGCAAAUUCGGGCCGGUCCAAGACGUGAGGAUCCCUUGCCAGCAGAAGAGGAUGUUCGGGUUCGUCACUUUCGUUUACGCAGAGACGGUAAAACAUAUCCUCGCCAAAGGAAACCCUCAUUUCAUCUGCGGGGCUCGGGUCCUCGUCAAGCCUUACCGGGAAAAAUCUCGAUCCGUCGACAGGAAAUACAUCGACAAGAUGUUUCACGGUAUGCACUACGGUUCUCAGUUCAUAGACAGAGACACAGAGAUGAACUCGCUGCCACCGAGGGCGAUCGAGAGCUCGAGAUUACUGAGGAGGCAGUUUCUUGCGGAACAAGAAAACUCGAUUUCGAAAUCUCUUCCUCGGAACUGCUCUUAUCUCAGAAACUCCUCACAUGUCGACGCAGCAAAUGCAGAACAAGCGGAACGGUUCGGUUACCUCCUGGACGUUUUGAACUCUGACUCCAUGACCGAAGACAAGGUCAUGAACAUAAGUACUAACUACAAAGACACUGAUAGCCAAGGCCUGAAUCUUCCGGAAAGCCCGUUUUCGUCCCUUUCGGGGACGGAGAUUUCGACGGUUACAUAGACAAAUACUAAUCAGACAGAGAAAGAAGAAGAUCAAAGAAGACGAUAGGAGCAUAAAGGUUAGAGAGAGAUCAAAACUGAAUCCCAAAAAGUUCUAAUCUAUUGUCCGUUCUGAAAAGAUUUGUGUUUUUUCUAGUUCUUGUUUCGGUUUCUUUGAAUCGAUCUUAGUGUUUGAUCGAUUGCUUGGAGACCACGGUAGGGUUCUUUAGCAAUAACACCACAGCGAAUGAGAGACACAGCAAAGGAGAGAGAGAGAGAGAGAGAGAGAGAGAGAGAGAGAGAGAGAGAGAGAGGGGAUGUAAUGCUUUAGCUUCCAUUUUUUGGGGGGAGCAUGCAAAAAACAAAAGUACAGGGGUUGAUAUAAAUAAGUUACAAGUUUCUGAGGAUUUUAUAUUGGUAUUAUAUAUUUUUA